UCAUCUAGCUUACCCAACUAGUUGUUUCCCCUAAUCUUCUCUUAUUCUUAGAAAUGGAGAAUACGGAUCAAAUAUUGGACAACAUUAUGCAUAAAUCUCCCACUAUUGAAGAGCUGGAGCAUAUAUUACAUGGGGGUCAGCUGUCUUGUAACCACGUCGAUGAAGUGUGGCCAAAUUUGUUCCUGGGGGACAUGUACAUGUCUCAUGACAGAUAUGGCCUGUGGAGCCUGGGUAUCACACAUGUUUUGAAUGCUGCACAUGGUAAAAUGUGUUGCAGAGGAAAUGAGGAUUUUUAUGGGACAACUGUGAAGUAUUAUGGUGUGCCAGCCAAUGACUUGCCAACAUUUGAUAUUUCACCUUUUUUCUACCCUUCUGCACAGUACAUUCAUGAUGCACUCAGCACAACAGGUGCGAAAGUUUUUGUGCAUUGUGCUGUGGGGAUGAGCCGUUCAGCUGCUCUGGUCCUAGCUUACCUAAUGAUACAUUGCAAUUUCUCUCUGGUGGAUGCCAUCUUGAAAGUGAAAGAAAGAAGAUGGAUUUUCCCAAACCGAGGAUUUCUGAAACAGUUAAUAACUCUUGACAAUGAAUUAAAACUACAAGGCACCAGUAACUAGAUUUAACUAGAGAAGUGUAUAGUUUAUAAACCUGUUAAUUAAAAAUGUGAAUGAACCGCCAACUUAUCCAGCAUAUGUUUUACACAGCGGAUGCCCUUCCAGCUGAAACUUAGUACUGGGAAACACCCUACACACUCAGACACACCCACUACGGCCAAUUUAGUAUAUUCAUUCAACCUAUACUGCAUGUGUUUGAACUGUGGGGGAAACCGGAGCGACCUCAGGGAGAACUUGCAAACUCCACACAGAAAUGCCAGUUGGCCCAGCGGGGGCUCUAACCAGUGACCUUCUGGCUGUGAGGCGACAGUGCUAACCACUGAGCCACUGUACCGCCUAAUUUUAAUACAUUCAUUCAUUUUCAUCCACUUUUCCGGGGCCGGGACACGGGUGCAGCAGUCUUAGGAGAAAACCCCAUAUGCUUCCUCCAGCUCCUCCGGGGGGAUCCCGAGGCAAUUGAUACUCAAUUAUAUAUUUCAACUAAACCUGACGAGACGUCUAAUCUGUCCAAGCUAACUGAGUGUAUUAAAGAUGUUAAAGACUGGAUGACCAACAAUUAUCUUCUCUUAAACUCAGACAAAACAGAAUUAUUACUUAUUGGGCCUAAAUCCUGUACACAGCAGAUCUCACAACUCGAUCUACAAUUAGAGGGAUACAAAGUUAGCGUUAGUUCUACUAUAAAAGAUCUGGGUGUCAUAUUAGACAGCAAUUUAACUUUUAAAAAUCAUAUUUCCCAUGUCACAAAAACUGCUUUCUUUCAUCUGAGAAAUAUAGCUAAGUUACGAAGUAUGCUAUCCAUCUCAGAUGCAGAAAAGCUAGUCCAUGCUUUUAUGACUUCUAGGCUGGACUACUGUAAUGCUCUGUUUGCUGGCUGCCCAGCAUCCUCUAUUAACAAACUUCAAUUAGUACAAAAUGCAGCUGCCAGAGUUCUAACCAGGUCUAGAAAAUUUGAUCACAUCACCCCAAUUUUAUCCUCCUUACACUGGCUGCCUGUUAAGUUUCGUAUUGAAUUUAAAAUAUUGCUUCUUACAUAUAAAGCUCUAAAUAAUCUAGCUCCUGCUUAUCUAACCAAUCUUCUGUCUCGCUACAAUCCAACUCGCUCUUUAAGAUCUCAAAACUCAGGACUUCUGGUAGUACCUAGAAUAGCAAAGUCGAGUAAAGGAGGUCGAGCCUUCGCAUUUAUAGCUCCUAAACUCUGGAAUAGCCUUCCUGAUAACGUCCGAGGCUCAGACACACUCUCCCAAUUCAAAACUAGAUUAAAGACCUAUCUGUUCAGUAAAGCAUACACUUAGUGCACCACUUAGGGGGCUUCCACACAGGUUAUGCAUCUUGCUGAUAUACACUGUGAACAUCAGCUACGCUAAUUAUUUUCUUUAUUCUCCAUUUCCACCUGGGGAUACUCUUCCCGAGGCCCUCAGACUAUGCAGAGUCACUGAUUCGAUCCAAGACCAACGACGAGAUGAUCCCAAGGUUUCCAUAUCCUGGACCUGGCCGAAUCCUGAACAACUACUGCGAUGGUCAUGGAAGAGUGGAGAACAUGAGACUGUUUCCUAUGACGCUCCAGAGACAGACGAGUCUUCGCUGAGGCCAGCUUCCAGCCUCCGCCACUGAGACUGCAGCUCUGCACAAGACGUUUGGCCAGCGGAGAAAUUAAAAUGGUCGUGCCCAACUGAGCCUGGUUUCUCUCAAGGUUUGUUUUCUUCACUUCCGCCUUUAGUGAAGUUUUUUCCCUCUCCGCUGUCGCCACUGGCUUGCAUGGUUCAGGAUCUGUAGAGCUGCGCAUCGUUGGAUUUGCUCUUCAAUAUUUGGACUCUCAGUAGUGAUUAUUAAACCACACUGAACUGAGCUAAACUGAACUGAACUUAAACACUACAAACUGAACUACACUGUUCCUAUUUACUGUGACCUUUUAUGUGAAGCUGCUUUGACACAAUCUACAUUGUAUAAGCGCUAUACAAAUAAAGGUGAAUUGAAUUGAAUUGAAUUCCCAGGCCAUCCGAGAGACAUAGUCCCUCCAGCAUGUCGUUGGUCUUCCCUGAGGCCUCCUCCCAGUGGGAAAUGCCUGGAACACCUCCCUAGGUUUGCGUCCAGGAGGCAUCCGAAACAGAAGCCAAGCCACCUCAGCUGACUUCUCUCGAUGUGGAGGUGAAGGAUCAGCGGCUCUACUCCAAGCUCUUCCUGGGUGACAGAGCUCCUCACCCUAUCUAUAAGAAUGCGCCCUACCACCCUGUGAAGGAAACUCAUUUCGGCCGCUUGUAUCCGAGAUCUUAUCCUUUCGGUCAUGACCCAAAGCUCACGACCAUAGAUGAGUGCAGGAACAUAGAUUGACCUUGCCUUUCGGACCGUUACAUCGACCACAUUACUGCUGCCACUGCAUCGAUCCGCCUGUCAAUCUCAAUUUCAUCGUUCCCUCACUUGUGAACAAAACCCCAAGAUACUUGAACUCCUCCACCUGGGGUAGGGACUUUCCUCCAACCUGGAGAUGGCAAACCACCUUUUUCCGGUGGAGCACCAUAGCCUCGGACUUGGAGGCUGAUUCUCAUCCCAGCCGCAUCACACAUAAUUGUAUAAAUUUUAAUACAAUAAGAAAAUAAGUCUUUUUAUACUUUAGUAAAAAAGUAUUCUUUUUAAAGUCAAAUAUAUUCUUGGAUUUUACUCAACUUUGCCCUGGACAAAAUUUGAGUUUUAAGUGAAUUAAAACAUGAAUCUUACUUACCUACAAUCACUUCAUAUCUCUAAAAUUGUUUCAUAAAGUGUGCUUCAAACAGGUGAACGGGCUUGACAAACCACCUGUAGAAACACUCUACUCACUCCCUCAAAAGAGAAAAAAACACUCCCCUCCUCACUCUAGCAGUUAAUUCUAUGAGCACAAACUGCUCCUUUGUGUAAUUAGCACUUUUUGUGUGUGUGUGCAUUUCCUUCUUCUUAUUGAAUCACUGAAUGCUUCCUCAAUUGUAAGUUCCUUUGGACAAAAGCGUUUGCUAAAUGACUGAAUGUAAAUGUUAUGAAUCGUUCAAGGAUUUGAAUCUUGAACGAAAAUAAAAUAGCAUAUGCAAAUGUA